UUAUAUCGUGGUUACAUAAGUGUGACACACGCUACAAACACAAACACACCUAAUGGCUGCUCACAGUCGAUCCUUCAGUUGUGCGUAGCACGCGUGCUGUGAAGAGGAACGCAACGCAGUUCUUAUGCGCACAAGGUUUUUCGAUUAAAUCGUGGUAAUAGAGUAUAUUAUCGGAAACGCGAUCGCGAGUCUGACCGACUGCCAUACAUUUUGGAUUGCGAAUUACGGAGCGUGUCGCGAUUCAUGUGAUUCUGCAUGACGUGUAUUCACGUCACGCAUCUCGCAUUUCUUUCUGUUCUACGUUUCGCGAAGGAUAUAACGAUUGUACCGCUCGACGCAACGCCUCCAAACAGUGCCGUACGCUAUUUGGAUUUAGUAGAGGUUCAAGCGAGGUUCUACAUCGUAAGUGAAUCAAGCCUUCUGAUCAAAGAAGUUACAGGAUUGCCACGCGAAAAGGUAUAAUUGGUUCAAAUGGAUCGAGUGAGAAGACGAACCUCGAUGGGUAAUUGUCGCUCCAGAAAGCUUGCCGUUUGCGUGAGCGUGACUAUACUCGGGAUCUUUAUUGGUUGCACGCUAUUAGCGUAUACAGCGUUUGCUUCUUCGACUACUAAACAUAAUACAUUACAGCAAGUGGUGUUUUUGUUUCGUCACGGUGACAGAAAUCCUACAGAGACCUAUCCUAAGGAUCCCUACAUAAAUUACGCUUGGCCCAAUGGCUGGGGUGCCCUGACUAAGAGAGGAAUGCUUCAGCUGUAUAACGUGGGUCAAUGGAUUCGCCAAGAAUACGGCGUUAUAAUCGGUAAUAAAUUCGAAAGCGCAACCACACUGAUGCGUAGCAGCUAUGCGGAUCGGUGCAUUAUGUCGGCACAGGUAUUACUCGCCGGUUUGUUCAUACCGAGUCCUGAGGAUAUGUUUUUGCCAGGAUUAGCGUGGACUCCUGUUCCUGUACAUUCCAUACCACGAAAUUUGGACAAGCUGAUAACGAUAAAAGCACCAUGUCCGAGACUAGAGGAAGCUUUAAAACAGGCAUAUUUAAACGAAGCAAUAAGAUCAGGCGCAAAAAUGGCCGAAUAUUAUAAAGAACUGACGGAACAUACCGGUCAGAACAUGAGCACGAUUACCGAUGUCGAAUUUCUUUACAAUACUCUCGAGAUUGAAGAGCAACACGGUUUACAACUGCCACAAUGGACGCAAAAAUUUUAUAAUAACGAGAUGCGCGAAAUAGCCGCCCGUAGUUUGGCGAUCUUUACCAACAGCACUAUUCAAAGACGCCUUCUGGGAGGUCCGUUACUAAAGGAAAUUUUAUCGCAUAUGGAAGAGACUAGAACCGAUUCCAAACCGAAACGAUCUUACUUUUAUUCUGCUCACGAUAUAACUAUCGUUAACGUGUUGAGAACGAUGGGAUUCACGAACGAACUUUUUAAACCCGAUUACGGAGCAACGCUCAUAUUCGAGCUACAUCUCGCCAAUAAUAGUAUCGAUCAGGAAGUAAAGGCACUAUAUUUGAAUAAUACGGAAACGAAAAUCGCGCAUCCUUUGGAAAUUCCUAAUUGCGCGACUCCUUGUUUAUUACAGAAUCUGAAGCAAGUGUGGCAUAAAGUAAUCCCAAAUGAUUGGGACGCAGAAUGUAAAAUAUAA